AUGUUCAUCAAUUAUCAAAUACACACCGAUUGGAUCAGUAAAGUUGAAUUCUUCAAACCCUCCGUGGAGAAGAACAAAUUGCACAAGAAAGUUAAAAAUGGCGAUUCGUUAUCCAUUAAAAAUUAUGAAAACGCAAGGAAAGCUUUCAAGGAACUUAAUUGUAUUAGCUACAAACUUUAUGUUGACAAAAUUUCUGAAGAAAUUAAGGAAAAUCCGAAAGCAUUUUUUAAUUUUGUGAAUCAUAAGAAAAUAUCAGACAAGUUUCCUGCGAACAUGAGUUUUCAGGGUUUAUCUGUGACUGGUGAUAAGAAUGUUGCCGCAGCAUUCGCUAAUUUCUUCAAAUCUGUUUUUAAUCCGGAAUCUAGUGGAUGUUGUACUGAACCCCCAUCAAGGAAAAACGCUGGUCAUUUGUUUUUGGCAGGAAUACUUGAUGGAUCAGUGGAAAGCAGCGAGUUCUUAGCUUCUCUCAACUUCAAUACAAACAUGUUAAAAGCAAGGAGCGCUCCAUUAUUCAAAUCUGUAUCUCAACAUAAAACUGACUAUGGAAGAAACAACCCAUUGGAGAGACUGAUACGGGAAUUCAAGCAAAUUCAACAUGAAUUCGACUUUCACUUAACGAAAAAUAACUUUAAAACAAAUCUAGUCAAAAAUCGAAAUUGA